AUUAAUUUCAUCGAUAAUCAUCUGGUGCUUGCUCAGGGGUUUGCCAAGGGCCUUGCAGAUGUAAAAGGUCACGUUCCUGUUUACAGUUUUUAUUAUUUAUGUGUUGUGAAGCAAUGGUAUCGGUGGUAGCAUCUGCCCCUCAAUUUUUAUAGUACUUCAAUGAUUAAAAUACAAAGUGUUUUCAUGGUAAGAUGAUUUCUGCUGGUGAUAGUCGGUUGAAGUGACCUUUGGUGACUGCGUGGAGGUUUCUGGAUGAUGUCAGGGGGUGCAUACCACCCCUCAGAGGGCCCUGGGGCUGAGGGGGCACCGGGGGAGAACGCCUCUCAGCCACGAAAUCCUCUGCUGUGUUUCCUGUGUGAUGACUACUAUUCGGAGCCUUGUUUACUUGCUUGUUACCAUAGUUUCUGUGCUCGGUGUCUACGAGGGAGGGAUGUCGAUGGAAAGCUAAACUGUCCACUAUGUGGGCAGCAAACAACACUAAAAGAAGGGACUUCCCUUCCACCUGUGGAUAUGCUGAUGCGGCAGCUUAUUGAGUUGUCCAAUGCUGAGAAUCCUCCUUGUGCCAACUGUGACAAGCGAGACAAGGCUUCAAUGUAUUUCUGCUCAACAUGUGGCCAAGCGCUAUGUAACCACUGUCGUGAGAACACUCAUCGAGCCAAGAUGUUCUCUACACAUGAAGUUGUCCACAUGUCUAAGUGUUCAAAGGAAGGCCAUCGUCGGUGUGCAGUUCAUGGGGAGCAGUACAUUAUGUUUUCCAACACACAGAAGAAUAUGCUGUGUGUUAAUUGCUUCCGGGAUACACCAGCAGAAGCCAGGUUACAUUGUGUUGAUAUCGACACUGCAUAUACACAGGGAUGUAAAAAACUUGAUCGAGCAGUUUUGUCAGUGUGUGACCUGCAGAAUUCAGUCCGUGAAGGCCUGCUUAUGUUCAAGACACUCCUGGAGGAGCUGCGACAAAACAUGGAGUCCGAGAAACAUACCAUCAAUAGUUUCUGCCAGGGGAUGCAGGAGGCUAUAGCUAAGACUCAUGCUAGUAUGAUCAUGGAAGUGCAAAGGCAGUUUGAGACAAAGGAACGUCAAUUUCGAGGACAGUUGGUCAACCUGGGUACAGUUCUGCCACUUCUUCAGCUUCAUUUGCUUCUGUGCUCACUGUUCUCCUCAGCAGCUAAUAAGUAUCAGUUCCUGGAUCUGGCUUUCCCAAUGAUGGAUCGACUAGCAGCUGUUUCUCAGCUUAGUCAACCACCUAGGCCUGUUCAGUCAAGUCAGAUUCGCACCAACUAUCGUAGUGAAUUCUCUCAUGCUUUAGAGCCAUGGGUUGGGAAAAGUAUCAUCACAGCUACACAGCAGCAGCAAGCAGGUGGGGAAAUGGGGCCACCAGUGCCAGGACCUGGUUUGUAUGAACCCUCACAACAGCAACAUACUGGCCCACAGCCAUCUGCCACACAUUUCCAUCCGCCUCCCUCCAGACGACAGCACUCAGCACUAAGAGCAAAAGCACUUGAAGGAGAGGGGCCAUUCUCAAACCACUGCCGUAGUUUUGAUACUCAAAUUAAGGAACUGAGUCAGCAGCUCUGUGGGGUAAAAGAACGUCUUGGAGAACUUCAUCGUGAUGUAACACUGCUGCGGAGAGCACAUACUCCUCCAUUAUCUGCACGUUAUGAGCACGUGACAAGAGAAUGUGCUGUUCUGGAGGAACAGUUGGAACGACAUCAGGUGGAACUGGAGAGACUCAAGAAUGUUUUUGAUACUCUCUGGGAAGAACAGUUAUGUAGAAUACAUGUAGAGCAAGAGAUCUUCCAGUCACAGAUGAAUGAUAUCCUAACAUUGCGUGCUGAAGUAAAACAUCUAAGCCUUAUAGCACAUCAAUUGGAACCAUAUGUAAAAUCAUUGGCUGCAGCUGAAAGAAAUCAAACUCCUACUGAUUCAGUACAACAGCAGCAGCAUCAACAUGAAACAACUUCAUCACAUCAACAGCUUCAGAGCCUGCUUGAACAUAUCAGUAUGCUACAGCUUGAUGCAGCCUCCUCUUACAGGUUGGAUUCAUUAGGAGCACAGAAGGGUGAAUGCCGCAUGCAUCCUGGUCAAGUAAUUACCUCUCCUACCGCUGAAAAUAUUAUGUAUAUGAAAGUGGAUGGAAAGGAGGUACCAGUAAGGGAGGUGUCUCGAGUGCGAAGUUCAUCUGGCCGGGAACAGCAGCAAGUAACUGCAGCUACAUUGGAUGUUAGUGGUAGUGGUGCCGGCAUCUAUGCCAGCCGACAGCAGCAAGCUUCUGCAUUAAGCCAGAGUUUGCAGAAUGUUGAAACAGGAAGAGACGGGAAACGAGGUGUUCUAAGUCAGCUAAUCGAGAAGGUUCGUACAAAAGAGGAUCGCAAGAAAUCUCCAGUCCAGGAAGAAGCAAGGGUAUUGGUUGGAAGAGAACGAAGUAAGUCAGAUGGACGGAGCAGUGGUGGUUCUGGUGCAGUUGAAGGUGGUCGAACCAAGUUAGCAUUGGGGCAUCACGUAGAUGAAACCAAGCCUCAAGCAGCAAUGACAACAUUAUUGCUGCCCACAAUCUCAUGCAAAGGCGAUGCAUCUGCUCAGCGUUACAGCUCUGCUGCUUCUUCAAGAGAUAGUUCUUCAUCGAAAGUAGCAUCUCUUUAUCAUACCAUCAGUGGAAAGGUUCUGGGAUCUCGAGAGUCUUCUGAUCGGGCUGACACUGUUCCUGGCCUUGAGAUGUCAGCACAAGGCCCCAGUACUAGCCACCACCACUUGCCUCCUCCACCACCACCAACUACAUCUCGCAGACCACAGUCUCAUCAUGAAGAUAUUCAGUCAGAGGUUGCAGGAUGCCUAGAUGUGAGAGAAAGGCUUGAAUCUCAAUUAAAGGAAAAGCUUCAUGAAAUUGUUGGACGUCGGUUAAUUCAGCCAAGUUCUGUAGGAGAAAAGGGUAUUGACAGUCAAGGGGCAGAGGAAAGUGAGUAUCAGCGCAUAUCUGAAGCUACAACAUCCCCUGUAGGAGGACAAGAUGGGGGAGGUGUUACAAAACAAGCAGUAAGGGCAAUGAUUCACCGGGAACCAAGCACAGCUGCUAGUACACCUACAUCACCACAUAGGCAUCGUGGUGAACAACAGGUUGUGGAAACUUAUCUUGUAGGCAAAGGCGAUGCAUCUGCUCAGCGUUACAGCUCUGCUGCUUCUUCAAGAGAUAGUUCUUCAUCGAAAGUAGCAUCUCUUUAUCAUACCAUCAGUGGAAAGGUUCUGGGAUCUCGAGAGUCUUCUGAUCGGGCUGACACUGUUCCUGGCCUUGAGAUGUCAGCACAAGGCCCCAGUACUAGCCACCACCACUUGCCUCCUCCACCACCACCAACUACAUCUCGCAGACCACAGUCUCAUCAUGAAGAUAUUCAGUCAGAGGUUGCAGGAUGCCUAGAUGUGAGAGAAAGGCUUGAAUCUCAAUUAAAGGAAAAGCUUCAUGAAAUUGUUGGACGUCGGUUAAUUCAGCCAAGUUCUGUAGGAGAAAAGGGUAUUGACAGUCAAGGGGCAGAGGAAAGUGAGUAUCAGCGCAUAUCUGAAGCUACAACAUCCCCUGUAGGAGGACAAGAUGGGGGAGGUGUUACAAAACAAGCAGUAAGGGCAAUGAUUCACCGGGAACCAAGCACAGCUGCUAGUACACCUACAUCACCACAUAGGCAUCGUGGUGAACAACAGGGUAAGAUGGUGAGGUUAUACCCAGCUUCAGAUACUGAGGACAGUGUUAUUUAUAUGACAGAAAAUCAAAAAGGGACAGCAGAUAAAGCAAGAAAACAGAAUUCAUGUGAGAGUUUGACUCUUAGUACGGUUUCUGUAAAUAGUCGACGGUCAUCUGUUGAUUUAGGAGAUAGAAAAACUCUUGUUGUUGUGAUUGGUACUAGUAGUAAAGGUGCAAAAGCAAGGUUAAUGCAGAAGCAGCGGUCAUGGGAGACCUUUCCACCAAAAAAAAGGGGUGUAGGAGUAGAUGAACGGGGUGAAGGGUUUGGAAAAUUCUGCAGAGAUCCAGAUGCAUUUCGUGGUGGUUUUGAGCUUCGACCAGUUCAGUCUGGAAGUCAGGGAGCUCUGGGUUCAUUGAGGGGAGAAGUGGGGAGUUUAAAGAAGGCGGACAGUUUUGAAGGACAUGAGGAGGCAGUACGGACACUUGUUGCUGCAGUUCAAGAAACAAGAACUCAACACUUGCAGCAGCAGAGGAAGCAAAGUCAACCAAAACAAGGUGGAGGAGGAAACUAAGAGGAUGCAUAUGUGAGAAUUAAGAGGACAGCUGUGGCUUCCCAUCAACCUCUUACAGACCACCAGGAUAAUUGGAGACACUCCAGAAGCUAGUAGAAGGCUUAAAAAGCAUUUAGAAAGGGCAUACCUUGCAGUAUACAACUUGUUUAGUCAUUUUUAUGACAUAUUAAAGAUCCAUCACAACCUAUAAGCAAUUCCCAAUUCAGAUCAUAUUGUUACAAAGACUUUAAGAGUGACAGUCAAAAUUAUGAAGUGUUGUUACAAUAAAAAAACUCAUAAAGGGGAGAUAAUUUUUAAAGGGUAUAGCUGCUGCAUGCAUCUAUUAAUGUAUAGUCUGGCCUCAGAUUAUGUGGCAGGUACUGAAUUGCACCAUAUUGAGGCCCUUGAUAUAAAUAAAAUGUGGGACAACAUGUUAAUGUAAUUGUGCAAGGGAUGCUAAUAACUAUUUUGCUUUGAGGGAUAGCCUGUUAUAGCUAGUUAUGAACAAUUUAAAAUAAUUAUUAGAAAAGCUGAUCAGUACAUUAUGUUUUUGCAAAAGCAAAAAUAAUUGCACAGAACAGUUAAGUGAUGAUAGAGGCCUAUCACUGCAUUACUCAUAUGCUGUUGACUUAUUAAGACCAGUUUAAAAUGUUUGUUGACUUUGGAAGUAUUUCCAUUGUUAUGUAUUGCCCUGGUUGGAAUUUGUUAUUUAUUACUUAAUACAAGUUCAUGCUCCUGCCAGUGGAAGCUUGCAAAUGAACUCGUUUGGAUCUAGAGUCUGAGUGAGCUAUCAUGAAUGUGUAUUCUGAGAAUUUUAAUUUUGCUUGGGCUAAAAUAGAUCACAUUAAAUGUUAUGUUCUUUAGAUUA